UCUGGACGCCGGGGUCCAGGCUGAUGGCUGAUGAUGUCAGGGACUAACAACGUCGCCCAGGCCCGGAAGCUGGUGGAGCAGCUGCGCAUCGAGGCUGGCAUCGAACGCAUCAAGGUCUCCAAAGCCUCUUCAGAACUGAUGAGCUACUGUGAGCAGCAUGCCAGGAACGACCCCUUGCUGGUCGGAGUGCCGGCCUCUGAGAAUCCCUUCAAAGACAAAAAGCCCUGUAUAAUUCUCUAGCGCGCCCGCUCUCAAUGCCUUUCCCCCGUCCCCCAUGUUGUCCAACUUUUACUGUGAGAAGAAUACCCGAAUUCCUUCCUCAUGCUUUGAGUUCUAGAGGAGCAGAAACCUUCGUGAGAGCAGCCGCUGAUGAAGGUGGAGUUUGGGACCCCACCACGGGCAUCUGGGCGUCCAGAUGUUAGCCUCCCCCCCCCCUCCCGUCAAGUAUCCCCGGGGU